AUGGGGUGCGGUGCAUCAAGCAGCGGCCCCGCGCCGGUGGAGAAAAAGGCCUCGACGCUCAUCGGCGGCCGGGGGCGCGGGAAGGAAAAGAACCCCAACGGCUCGACGACCGCGACGCCCAUCGACUCCAGCAGCCGGCGAGGCGAGGAGUACGACCCCAUCGCCGUCGCCGCCGCCAACCCCGCCGCCGUCACCAUCACCGACUACCGAGGACUGCAGGUGACCGCAGUAAACGCAUCGCAAAACAAGGUAAAUACUGUAUGCCGUUGGGCUGAUACUGUACUUGGUAUUAGGGAAAAGAAUGGUGGUUGGUUUGGGGAACCUCCGGGUGAAUUAGCAACAAUGUGUCGAUCAGAGAGUAGCUUUUGCGGUGAUGACGCCUCCUCCUCCAUUCGACCGGAAACUGGAUCACAGUACCAGAACCGUCUGGAAGUGAGCGUAUAUUAUACAGGAGAGUUGCCGUCAGUGCGGCACACUGGCAGAGCUCACACACCGCAACACCUUGAAAGGAUACAAUCCCCAUCGAAAAACUUAGAAAAAGAGAGUAGUGUAGAAAAACCAGAGGCUAAAGAAGGUCCUUCAGAUGUAGGUGGAUUUCAUAUUGUCAAAAGACCAGUACUAGUGGAUAUGACACCAAAUAUAAACAAGAUACAUACUACUAAUGGACUUCCGUCUUCUAAAGGCUUGGGUAGCUCGGACUCAUUUGAGAGUUUGAAGAAAUUGCAAGGACCACAAUCUAUAAUUGUAGAAGAAUUACAUAGUAAAAAAACAUCUCAUGUCCUGAGACAUUUUGUCGAUUAG